CGGCUUCCGUUUCCGGCAGGGCGGCUGGCGCCGGCCUGGCGCUGCUCCCGGUGCCCCCGCCAUGUCCACUCUGUUCCCCUCACUCCUGCCCCGCCUCACCGAGUCCCUCUGGUUCAACCUCGACCGGCCAUGCGUUGACGAGACCGAGCUGCAGCAGCAGGAGCAGCAGCACCAGGCCUGGCUCCAGAGCAUUGCUGAGAAGGACAACAACUUGGUGCCCAUAGGAAAGCCAGCAUCCGAGCACUAUGAUGAGGAGGAGGAGGAGGAUGAUGAAGAUGAUGAAGACAGCGAAGAGGACUCAGAAGAUGAUGAGGACAUGCAGGAUAUGGAUGAGAUGAAUGAUUAUAAUGAGUCUCCUGAUGAUGGGGAGAUCAAUGAGGUGGACAUGGAGGGGACAGAGCAGGAUCAGGACCAGUGGAUGAUCUGAUUCUACCACAACCACACCGGACCAGAGGCUGGGGGAGAGCUUUUGCCCCCCACGGCUCUGGGGGACAGUUCAGUGAAGCUCCUCCUGCCAUGGGUGCUGUGUGGGGCAGCAGGUUCAGAGCGAAGCCCCCCAGGGGAGCCAGAGGGGACACUGCCACCUGGCAUAUUGGGACUGACACAUCUUUUCUAAUAAACUCAGUUUUCAAGAAAACAA